AUGCAGGCGUGCAAAGGCAGAGCUGGGUGCUCCCCCAGGGCUCAGGCUGGGACAACCCCGGCAGUUUUUGGCUGCCGUAUGGAGGACCACACCAAGCGUGUCCAGCCCAUCCCGCUCCCGGCCAUGCAGCAGAACUUGAACUACGGGUACCCCCAGAUUUUUUGGGUGGAUGGCUGUGCUGAAGCAAGUACUUCCUGCCCCUCAGCACCCCCUGUUGCUCCUUUCCCACCACCAGUACCGGACCGGAGGAAAAAGCCAGGGAAAAACAAGGAAAGGAGGGGCUUCGACUUCCUGGUGAUCUACUUGCUGCUCCUGCUGGCCUUCGCUGGAAUGGGGCUGAGCAUGUUUCGAAUUUUUCACCUGGAGAAGGAACUGGCUGAACUCAGAGAGUCUUCCAGUCCUGAACACAUCCCUCCAGCUCUGGAGAAACUCAUAGGGCAGAAGGAGUCAAUGAAAAAAGAAGAAAGAAAGGCAGCACACUUAACAGGGAGCCCAUCCCAGCAGGGCCUCCCUCUAGAGUGGGAGCCCAUCUCUGGCCAUGCCUACACCAGUGACAUUCAGUACCGUGACCGGGGGCUUGUCAUCAAUGAGACGGGGCUGUACUUCGUGUACUCCAACGUGCUGUUCCGGGGCAAUGUCUGCGACAACCAGGUGCUCACACACAUUGUCUACAAGAGAAACCCGAGCUCCCCGGGCAGCUACGUGCUGAUGGAGGACAAAGGCAUCAACUACUGCACGGGUCACAGGACGUGGGCCCGGAAAAGCAACCUGGGGGCUCUAUUCAGUCUCAGGAAGAUGGACAGUGUGCACGUCAACGUCUCCAAAAUCGCUCUGGUUAAUUUUGAGGAAUCCAAGACUUUCUUCGGCUUGUUUAAGCUUUGAAAUGGAGUGUGGCCAGCAGCGCCCCCUCACACACACCCUAGGAUGUGAGGGCUGCCUGAGUGCAGUGGCCAAACCAGGGUCACACACCACAAAACUCACCAUGAAACCAUGUUUUGGCCUUCAGUGUGAAAGAGUUCAAGCCACUGGCAAAGGCUUGAAAGCAGACACCUGGGAAGCACCAGAGCUGUACUGUGUCAACCUGAAGAGAACUGGACAUGUUCUCCUUACAAAGAAACCCCCACUAAACUCAAAAUGUGAUGUGCUGAAGACCCCAUUGAAACUCACUACUCGCUACCUGAGAAGAGGCUGGGGCCUGUGCCUCGCAUGGUGUCAUGGUCCUGGUGAGCUUGGGCCAGCAGGGACAGCUGGUGGGCAUUAUGGAGGUCCCUUGAGCCAGGACUGCAAGUGCCUGGGUUGUGCCACACUGCAGGGAGUGGUGUGGGAAUGAGUAGUGCCAACAACUGCUCACCCCGGGCCAUGGCUGCCUGCCCUGCCUGGGCAUGGGGCUCUGUGCUUGCUGUCCAACAGGCACCUGCCUGCAAGUUGGGCUGUUACAGCUGGUAUGUUCAUUUUGUGUUUAGUUAUUGAACUGUUCCCAUCCCAGAAAAUGCUCCUCAACCCCUUUAUUUAACUCAUCCUGACUGUCUUGCAAGGAACAUGCUAGAAGCAAUGGUGGCAUGAGGAGAGUCCUGACCCUGGAGUGGAACCAUGACCACACUGUGAGGGUGGGGCUGGUGAGGAGGCCAUGUGCUGACAGGAUCUGAACAGCAGGGCAGUGAGGCUUAAGGUGAAAGCAGCAUUUCCAACCCCCCUCCUGCCCUUUCAAUAUGUGAGGAUCCUCUGUGGAGAUCUGGUCUGCCACCCCUUUCAUGAUGCAUGUGGUGACAUGCUGGCAUCUAUCCAUGGCAUGGCUUCAACUGGCCCCCUUGUCAUGAGAUGUUGUCUCCUGAGC